UAUCACAUAACAACAUUUGGCAAUCGGUACAACAGUAACAAAAAAUAAUGACUGCGUUUUUAGAGGCCGCCUGGAAAUUGUUGACGGCAUUUAAGCAAUAUAUUUAUGCUGCAACUGCACAAGUAAUUCACACUUGGAACACACUUUUCAACUAAGUGCAGAACAAAUAAUUUACAGAUCAACGAUUAUAAUGGCGAGAAUAAAUUUACGUCAAAUUCUCUUCACUGUUCAGUUGGCUUUCGUUGCAGUCAGCUUUCUUGCUGUAGAUGUCAAUGGAUUUAGCGCUUUUGAAUGGAGUAAAAGUCUAACAAAAUCAGCAGCUCGAAGUCUAGUCAAGAUGCCGUCAAUGAUGAUGGACGGUUCACAGAUUAUGACACAAAAGAUCGUUGGCACAGUUGGCAACGCGGUGAGCCAAGUGACGCCGCUUAAAACGGUCGUGGACUCGACCGGCCGAAUAAUGUCCAACGUGCUGGGAUCGACGAGUAGGCUGCUGGGCAAGGACGUGCGGCCGGAGCAUGAGAUGAUGUUCCUGUACAGCCGACAGCUCACCAACCUAGGCACGGCUCGUCAAUACCAGAACGCGAUUAAGGAGGUCAUCGGGCUGGCACUGUACAAUGUGGUGUUGCAUGGCGACGAGAUGGAGGGCAAACGGUACACCGGCGUCGACGCUGCAACGAUGCCCGUGCUCGAUCGCGUAGUGAAGGAUCUCCAAAUGGCCGGGGCCGGGCAGCCGGAAAUCGACGAUAUCGUUUGGCUGCUGGGCCGCAACGGCAAGGCCGACAUACCCGAGGAUAUGGAAAAACAGAUUUUAGGAGUAAUGAAAGAUACCCAUGGUAAUUUCAGAACUAAAGGAAUUAUAGAAGAACUACGUUGGAUUGCACAACAUCCACAUGGUUUCUAUAAGUUGAACGAAAAUGAAUUAAAUGAUUACAAGUUAAACACGGAUACACUGUUCAAAAGUUGCACAGUUAUAUAUCCACCGAAAUUCGAAACAAUGGAGAAAAGCAACUCAAAAGUUUCUAAUUAAUCGCUAAUAGUUGAAAAAUAUUUAUGAAGUAUAAAUUAUACUUAAUUUAAUAAAUUAUUCAUUUAUUGAAUAAAUAUGAAUUUUUGUGAUGAGACCUAUUACACAUUCCAAGUACAAAAUGUCUGUUGUAAAACAAUAAAUAUAUAUUAUUGAGUAAAAAGUAAUUUUGUGUAUUAA